AUGACAACUCCCGUGAGCGAGCGGCCUGAGCCGACAUACAACAUGGACAGCACCACUCGUUUCCCUGCGACUCACCAGCGAUCAUCCGACGACGAUGGCACGUACGUCGGUGAGGAUCUGAGCCACCAACAUUCGAAUACAUCAACUCAAGCAGCAAACCCGCCGAGACUUGCGACUGAAACCCGACCGCGAUCUGGAACACAUUUGACUGUGGACACUCAAUACGAGUACCCACAUCAAAUGCAAUCGCCAUCGCAGACACGUGAGCAGGCCAGUAGGCUUGACGAUGAUCUCGCGGUACUUCAGAUUGAGCGCGGUAUUAUCGACGCCGAAGCGCUCGAGAGGACGCAAUCAGUCACUCGUUCUAUGCAGAAAGUCCGAUCUCGACGCGACGAACCCAUAGACGACUUCGAUGCGGCUACGAAUCCUCUGCACGAACAAGCCGCCCGUUAUACACCCCCGGAGAACCCCACCACGAAGUUUUCUAUCUUUUUCAAAAAGAUUCACAACUCGAGUUGGGUUGUUCGGUACUUCACAUAUAUCACACCUGUGGUCCUCCUGAUCCUGAUACCGCUCCUCAUUGGUAUAUUCGCCUUCCCAGGUGCGAACGUUGGCGGUGUGAAACUUCUCUGGUUUUCAAUUUGGCUCAUGAUCGUUUGGUUGACUCUCUGGGCUGGCAGACUGCUUGCGAAACUGCUCCCAUGGCCCAUUGGCCUGGUCUCGAGUCUUUUCACAAACAACAGCAAAAAGUGGAGAGACAUGGGAAAGCAGCUCGAGCUGCCUGCAACGCUGUUCUUUUGGUGGCUAGCAAUUGAAGUCUCGUUCCUUCCCACGAUGAUCCACCACAAUGUCAAUGGGUCGGAGAACGGCAAGAUCCAGCCAUGGCAGGGAACUAUGAACAAAGUGCUCGUCUCCUUCUUCGUUGGUUUCGUUCUAAACUUUGUCGAGAAGAUCAUCAUCCAACUCAUCGCCAUCAGCUUCCACCUUCGAACUUACCAAGAUCGGAUUGAGCUGAAUAAGUUCCAAAUUGGCAGUCUGGUCAAACUGUACACGUACUCAAAGCAGAAAAUCGCGAUGGAAGACUCCGAGUUUGAACAAAACGAUCAAGGACCAUCUGGUGCCCGUACACCUGGUCAACUUAUUACUGAUGCACAGAAGAACAUCAAGGAGGGCUUCAGUAAAUUUGGAGACGUUGCAGGAAAGGUUGCAGGUGACUUCACCGGUCGUCAGGUCCAAUCAAGCAGCCAUCCCAGUCAGGUUGUCAUCCAGCUUCUCAGCACCAACAGCGGCGGCCAGAUCCUUGCUCGUCGCCUGUACCGAACUUUCGCACGCCCCGAGACCGAGACCGUACACGCCGACGAUCUCAAAAAUGCCUUCGAGAGUGACGACGAGGCCGACGCUGCGUUCUCGAUGUUUGACAAAGAUAUGAAUGGGGACAUCUCCAUGGAAGAGCUGGAAGCAGUAUGUGUAGAAAUCGGCCGCGAGCGCAAAUCCAUCACCGCAUCCCUGAAGGAUCUCGACAGCGUGGUGGGUAAGCUCGACGAUGUAUUCAUGUUUGUCGUCCUUGUCAUUACCAUCAUCGUAUUCAUCUCCUUGAUCUCGACUUCGGCAUCCGGUGUGCUCACAUCCGCUGGCUCGACACUCUUGGCUCUGUCUUGGCUGUUCUCUGCAACUGCGCAGGAGUUCCUUCAGUCUUGCAUAUUCGUAUUCAUAAAGCACCCGUAUGAUGUGGGCGACCGUGUCCAGAUCUACGGUAACAGUGGCGAUCUUGGGCGUGGCGAUGACUACUUCGUCAAAGAAAUCGCUCUCUUCUACACCGAGUUCAAGAAGAUGCAAGGUCACGUCGUCCAGGCACCAAACAGUUAUUUGAACACGCUGUUCAUCCUGAACCACCGACGUUCCGGCGCGCUUGCCGAAGCUGUUCCCAUCAUUAUCAAGUUCGGCACCACACUUGAGCAGAUCGACAGCCUCCGUACUAUGCUACUCGAAUUCGUCACUUCAGAGAAGCGUGAGUAUCAGACUAACAUACUGACGGAACUGAGGGCAGUUCAGGAGGUCCACUGGCUCGAGCUGAACGUGGUCUUCUUUUACAAGUCGAACUGGCAGAACGAGCUGUUACGUCUGCAACGUCGCAACAAAUUCAUCUGCGCCCUUACCAUGUCCAUACAGGAGUGCGGAAUCGAAGGACCCCGCAUGCGCUACCCUGGACAGAAGGAGUCCUUCCCUGUAUACCUGCAGAACCUUCAGAACAAUCCUACACCUGGUGUUGGGCAGAACGGCAACCCUGAUAAUCCACAAGGCAACAUCAACAACCAACCUCAGGAUGAGCCUUUCGUGCCGGCGGUGAACGACGGAACCAACGAUCAUGGAAGCAUCGGACCUGCCCGCCGUGGUUCUAUCCUUCGUCAACCUGGUCAACCCCGAGGCGAGUCGAUUGCCCAGAUGGGUAGACGCGUUGACUUCUCGCUUGGCAUGAAAGGCAUGAUGGAUGAUCCAAGCGGUGAUGUGCUAGAUGACCGUGACAUUGCGGCUCGCCAGAGAGCGACCCUCGUCAGGGUCACAUCGCCUUCACGAUCUCAGGACCGACCGCGUUCGUCUCAAGACACUGCUCAUACUGCCCACACCACCGGUAUCCAGCGCGUCGGCACCAACAGCAGUCUCGGAGCGAGAGAACGUACCCAUAGGAACAGAUUCUUCAGUCGCGGUCGCCACGGUGACGAGGAGACCGGCAUGGCUAAUAUCCCCGAGGGUGACUAUGAUAGCACACCGGCUGGCAAAGAGAAGCUGGACCCGCGAUCCGGAUUGAUCAGCCCUAGGGCUGUUAGGGGCAGCGAGGAUUCUCGUGUGCCAACAUCUUCAGGUGCCCUUAAUCCGGUCAACUCCAUCACCUCAGAGAGGGGUUUCCAUGCCCCAGCGCGCUCGAAGACCGAUAACAUCGAGAUGAGACGAUUUCAGUAG